CCUUGAGUACGCUCUCCGUUGGAUAUUUGUUAUUUAUUUGUAAGAAAACACCGCUAUGUAUUUGUAGAAAUAAAGCUUAAUUUUAUGGAAUCAAGGCACUUCCUGGGCAUAUUUACUUUGAUAUCAUAAUUUCCAAAUAUUGUCAAAUUUAAAUGGAUUCAGUGAAGAUAUGUCGUGCUUGUCUGGCGACAGAAGAUCGAGUUCAUCUAUUAGAUUGGCGACAGCCUAUUGAUUCCUUGGAAUACGUUUUGUCAUACAAAGAGUGUUUUUGUAAAUGCACACAAAUCAAUCUCAGUUUUAAAGAUGACGGAAUCGAAUGUGAUGAAGCCCGAACGCAAUACCUGUGCCUUUACUGCACCCAGAAGCUCAAAGACGCUUAUGAUUUCAUUGAAAAAGCGAGGAGAGCCGAUAAUGAAUUACGUUGCGCAAAGGCCGAGAAAGUUGAAUUGGAGAGCAUCGAAAGCAAUUUUGAAUGGGUUCCAGUAGAAGUGAAGCUAAUGGAAACUAAUAAGUCAGUGGAGAAGGACUGUAAAGAAGAUAUAAAGGAGACAAAUGUGUGGGACGAACGCUUUAUAGACGAUGCUAGAAUAGAUAUGUCAAAUAACAUCAAACGCGAAGAAAAUAUGGACGAAAAAUUGGCAAACGAACCGUAUGAGCAUUGUAUGGACGAAGCUACGGUAGUUUUAUCAAAUGAGAGUGAUCACCAUAACUCUUCUCCCAGAAUUUUGAAAAGUGUAAAGGAGAGAAGCAGAGUAAAAAAUGGGUCUAAUCCUGCUAAGAAAAUUUUACGAAGAAUUAAUGAACUUGUCAGCUGCGAAGACUGCGGGAAAACCAUGACGAGAAAGGCUUUAAGCAAUCAUAAGCCCAGACACAAACCUAAAAUAUUUCUUUGUCAAGCCUGCCCAAAAACUUUUAGAGAAGCAGGUGGACUAAAGAAUCAUGAACUUAGUCACACAGAAAAUCGGGAAAGGUACCCAUGCGACAAAUGCAAUCAAACAUUUUCAACGCCGUAUACAUACAAAAGACACAUACAGACGCAUGAAGACAACCGGAAACCGAUCUAUCAAUGCACUCAAUGCGAAAAAUCGUUUCUUCAUAAAAGCGGUCUAACAAUCCAUGAACUUCAUCAUAAAGGAGCCACAUUAGAAUGCCAUAUUUGCCAAAAGCGAUAUGUGCGACAAAUAGACUUGGACACCCAUUUGAGAACUCAUUCGGGAGAAUCUCCGUUUGAGUGUCAUAUAUGUGACAAAUCGUUUAUCCACAAACGAAUCUUAAAUAGGCACUUGCAAUAUCAUGAGGGAUACUUUAGUUACACUUGCUUAACUUGUGGAGCAAAAUUCUCAAAAUAUGACAAAUACUAUUUACAUCGCAUGCAGCACACUGGUUUACCUUAUAAAUGUGGCUCAUGUGAAAAACAAUUUCCAGAUGCUUACAAAAUUAAGCGCCAUAUUAAAGCUGUCCAUAAAAUAAAACAGGAUAAAGAAGUAGAAAAACUCGUAGUGAGAAUAAACACAACAAAGGAACAUAGAGGACGAAUAGUUGAAGUUUUGAAGAAUCCAGAAAAUGAAAAAUAAUAUUAAUUACAGAUCCAGCAAUCGGUUAUGCAAAAAAUUUAUUCGAAGUAAAUAAUACCAACUAGUAUUACAAUGUCAA